CGCUCUACCUACACAUUCCCCUCCGGCAGCAGGCAUGAGGUUUGAGCACAGCCACCCUCAGUUGCCUUUCGCAGGGGGAGAAGUUGCCACCGGGCGCCUGGGCUACUGAGGGGGUGCUGCUGUGCUUCCUUCUCCCUCCAGAGGGGCUGGGGAAGAGAGCAAGAGCGCCCAAACUCUCCUCUGCAAGAGAAGCGCGCACAAGUGGGAGACUUCCCCGCGUGGAGUGGGAGACCGAGGGAGAGCCACGGAGGACUCCACCAUGGAUGACCCCAAGGACCGGAAGAAAAUCCAGUUCUCUGUGCCUGCGCCCCCCGGCCAGCUGGACCCCAGGGCGGUGGAAAUGAUCCGUCGGCGGAGGCCCACACCAGCCUUGCUCUUCCAGCUGUCGGAAACAUCACCUGAAGAUGAAGCGUCUCCAUACCAGAGAGCUUUGGGUGAAGGCUACCACCUGAAAAACAAAAGAAAUGCUCCCUGUGUCUACACCCCCCCUUCUCUUAAAGCUGUACAGCGCCUGGCACAAAGCCAUAUGGAAUCCAACAGUUCCUGGAUGGAUGAAGACUAUGCAGAAGAUGCUGAAGAGGAUGAAGAAGAUGAAGAUGAAGAUGAGGAAGAAGCUCAGGAUUCAGAUGACACCGUGAGGGAGAUGCCUGGCUUGUGUAAGUCAGAAGUCUCCAAGGGGCAGAAACCACUGGGCUCAGCUGCCAAGUCAGCAUUGCUCAGGCAAUGCACUGUCUUGGAAAACAAGCCCAAAGAAUCUGAUCAUCCGGUCUAUCCAGCUGUCUCCAAAUCGCAGAAACGGAAAGGUGGGCAGAAAGUAUCCUUUGCUGGAUCAGUAGAGGAGGUCAGAGAUGACCCCAGCCUCCCCACUGAAUCAGAGAAACCAGAAGGAGCUGAAGGAGGGGAAGCCAAGGACCAGCAGAACCAGGAGACAGAGGUAGAACUGGAACAGGGAGACCCACCACUAACAGAUCACAUCAUGGAACUAAGUCAUUCCGGUUGGGAAGAAAGGCCUCCUUGUGCAGUGAACCUGGAAAAUCGCUCCUCCCCGCCCCCUAUCCGCACUACCACCUAGCACAGGAGGGUAAAGAUCUGGGGGCUGUCCUGUUGAUGGAAAACUCCCAUUUUUCACCAAGACAGAUUGGAUCCCCCCACUUUAACUAUGUUAUCUUUUUAUCUCCUUUUCUGUUCUGAACCUGGUUUUUAAUUUGGCAGUGUUUGGUUUGUGUUCAGUUAAUUAUACUUAGUAUGAAGGAAAAGCGGGCAAAUGGAAGGCUAUUGGGCAUAUAUGUUAGGAAGGAAACUUCAGAGGCAAGAUACCUCCGAUGGCCAGAUGCCGGGGUCAGGUGUCAGAGGAUGGUUAUCUCUAUCGUGCCUUGAUUGUGAGCCUCCAUUGGGGUCAUCCGGUUGGCCACUAUCUGGUACACAGUGCUGAGCUAAAUGGGUAUGUGGCCUGAUUCCGCAUGGCAGCUCUUGCGUUUUUACACUUCUUGUGUUCAUCCAUUUAGAUCAGAGAUUCUGCAACUCUGGGUUGUGAGCUCAGUGGAUAUGGUCUUAUCCAAGGGAUUCAGGUAGCUGGCCAUGAGUUGUCAUUAGGUUUCUGGAAUGUGAAUUUAGACAUGCACAAGGGUCCUAGUAAGUAGCAACUAGAGCUGGAUUCAGGAUGGCAAUGUAAGAAAGCUCUCUCAUUGCCCAGUUCUAACCUUCCUCGCAUUGCCCAGUUCUAACCUUCCUCUCUUGCACCGCCUCUGAAUAUUUCAUUCAUCUCUCUGAAAGCUGCAAAUCAAGAUCCGAUCCAUUUGUAUAGAUGAAGCUGCUCUCUCUCGGUGUUCUUUGACCCCACUCACCACACCCAUCCCUCCCAUGCACUGGGCAAUGCCCUUCCAUGUGCCUCUGUACUCUAUUAAAGCUUUGUAAAUAAA